AUGUUUCAACCGUAUAAUAAUAUGCAAGUGCCUAUGCCCAUGAUGCCUGGGCAUCAGGUACCACAUGGCGUUCCUAUGGGAGUUAUGCCUAUGUUACAACAACAACAGCAGCAACAACAAGCACCACAACCACAACCACAACCACAACCACAACAAUUGGAACAUGGCGUACAUGCAUUAGAUGACCCGAAUGUUUAUCAUUGGAUAUGUCAAUUAACCUAUGGACCUCAGAAGGAACAGGCGCUGUUAGAAUUAGGUAGGAAAAGAGAACAAUUUGAUGAUUUGGCAGUUGUGCUUUGGUCAUCAUUCGGUGUAAUGACUUCAUUACUAGAUGAAAUUAUUUCGGUUUACCCUAUGUUACAACCUCAGCUGCUGUCAAAUCAAUUGUCCAAUCGUGUUUGUAAUGCAUUAGUACUUUUACAAUGCGUUGCAUCUCAUUCAGAGACUAAACAUCUUUUCCUACAAGCGCAUAUCCCAUUAUUUUUAUUUCCAUUUCUAAACACGACAUCAAGACAGAGAACCUUUGAAUAUUUAAGAUUAACAUCACUAGGUGUAAUUGGUGCUUUGGUUAAGAAUGAUUCCCAAGAAGUUAUAAAUUUUCUACUACGAACUGAUAUUAUUCCAUUGUGUUUACGUAUAAUGAAAUCAUCGUCUGAAUUAUCCAAAACCGUGGCAAUUUUCAUCUUACAAAAAAUUUUGUUGGACGACGUUGGACUACAAUACAUUUGUGCAACUUUAGAGAGGUUUUAUGCCGUAACAAAUGUUUUAAGAGAUAUGGUCGAUCAAUUAACAAUACAUACACCACCUGGUAGACUGCUAAAACAUAUCAUUAGAUGUUACUUGAGAUUGAGUGAUAAUUUAGAAGCAAGAAGAUUAUUAAAAGUAGCAUUACCAGCAAAAUUAAGAGAUAACACCUUUACAGAUGUUUUGAGGGACGAUGUAGGGUCAAAAAGAUGUUUGGCUCAGUUGUUACUGACGUUAAACGAGGAAGCAUAA